AUGGAGCACACGGCAUCUUUGUUACAAAAUGGAAAAGUGUUAGUGACUGCUGGAUUUUAUGAUGAUACUCAUCUAAACAGUUCUGAGUUAUAUGAUCCACUUACAGGAAGUUGGACAAGUACUGGUAGCAUGAAUCAGGGACGAGAUGGACAUACGGCAUCUUUAUUACCAAAUGGAAAAGUACUAGUUACUGGUGGAAUUGGCGAACAGGAUUAUCUCAAUCAUGCUGAAUUAUAUGACCCAUCAACAGGAACUUGGACAGUUACUAAUAGCAUGAAGGAUAAGCGAAAUUUUGCUGCAGCAUGUCUAUUAGCAGAUGGAAAUGUAUUAGUUACUGGUGGGUUUAAUGGCGAUACUAUUCUAGAUAGUGUUGAGGUGUAUGAUCCAUCAACGGGAAUCUGGACAACUACUGGUUAUAUGGCUGAGGCACGAGAUGGACAUACAGCAUCUUUAUUACCAAAUGGAAAAGUAUUAGUUGCUGGUGGAUUUAGUCAUCAUACUUUUCAGAAUACUGCUGAAUUAUAUCAUCCAUCAACAGGAACUUGGACUAUUACUGAUAGUAUGAAAGACAGACGAGAUUAUCAUACAGCAACUGUAUUGACAAAUGGCAAUGUGUUAGUUACUGGUGGAUCUUAUGGUGGAAUUACACAAAAUAGUGCUGAGUUGUACAAUUUCUCAAUAGAAACUUGGAAAACCGUUGGUAGCAUGAAUAAUGCACGACAUAAUCAUCAAGCAGUUUUGUUAAACGAUGGAAAAGUAUUGGUUACUGGUGGAUCUAAUGGUAGUAGGGCUUUACAUACUGCAGAAUUAUAUGAUCCAUCAACAGAACUUUGGACAACUAUUGGUAACAUGAAUAAUGCACGAGACUAUCACACAGCAUGCUUGUUGAUAGAUGGAACUGUAUUAGUUGCUGGUGGAUCUGGUGAUAGUACUGAUCUGAAUACCGCUGAGUUAUAUAGUCCAUCAAUAGGAACUUCAAUAACUAUCGAUAAAAUGAAUAAUAUACAGGAUAGUCAUGAAAUAUCCUCAUUAACAAAUGGAUGA